AUGAUUCAACAUCUGAAAUGGGAGAGCCUGGAGAUCCAAAACAACACAGUAGCCAUCAAUGCACACCAUUACACAGCACCCAUGAUUGCCAGCAACACACGACAGUAUCACUCAAAGAAGUUGCUGGCUAUCCGAUCCCGCACCCAGCUCUACCAGAACUCAUUUUUCCCUCGGACAGCCACUUAUUUUGAAGACAUUAUUGUCGAUUAUUUCACAGAGAAACCAGAAGAGGUAAACAAGAAAGCUGUCAAGAGAGCUCAAGCUGGCAAAAUUUCUGAUGGUUCAGCAGAUGACAUCAAUACCAUGGAGAAUUUACCAGCUAACUUUUCUUCUCUUAACACAUCUGUCUCUCACGAUAACGCCUCUUCUUUCUCUGCCUUCUCUCCUCCUGACACCUUCUCUGCUCCUAGCAUUGCUGCCUUCUCUCCUGACACUUUCUCUGCUCCUAACACUGCUGCCUUCUCUCCUCCGGAGUCUUCCUUCUCUGCUUAUGAAACUUUCUCUGCUCCUAACACUGCUGCCUUCUCUCCUCCGGAGUCUUCCUUCUCUGCUCACGAAACCUUCUCUGCUCCUAACACUGCUGCCUUCUCUCCUCCGGAGUCUUCCUUCUCUGCUCAUGAAACCUUUUCUGCUCCUAACACCUCUGCCUUCUCUCCUCCGGAGUCUUCCUUCUCUGCUCAUGAAACCUUCUCUGCUCCUAACACCUCUGCCUUCUCUCCUCCGGAGUCUUCCUUCUCUGCUCAUGAAACCUCUGCUCCUAACACUGCUGCCUUCUCUCCUCCGGAGUCUUCCUUCUCUGCUCAUGAAACCUUCUCUGCUCCUAACACCUCUGCCUUCUCUCCUACGGAGUCUUCCUUCUCUGCUCAUGAAACCUUCUCUGCUCCUAACACCUCUGCCUUCUCUCCUCCGGAGUCUUCCUUCUCUGCUCAUGAAACCUUCUCUGCUCCUAACACUGCCACAUUCUCUCCUCCGGAGUCUUCCUUCUCUGCUCAUGAAACCUUCUCUGCUCCUGACACUGCCACAUUCUCUCCUCUGGAGUCUUCCUUCUCUGCUCAUGAAACCUUCUCUGCUCCUAACACUGCUGCCUUCUCUCCUCCGGAGUCUUCCUUCUCUGCUCAUGAAACCUUUUCUGCUCCUAACACCUCUGCCUUCUCUCCUCCGGAGUCUUCCUUCUCUGCUCAUGAAACCUUUUCUGCUCCUAACACCUCUGCCUUCUCUCCUCCGGAGUCUUCCUUCUCUCCUAUCACAUCUUUCAAUCAUCCUCAAACCUUUUCCCUCACUCCUCAUGUCACUCCUAAUGCCACUCCUAACGCUUCUCAUGUCUCUCACGUCACUCCUCAUGCCACUCCUCAUCUCCUCAAACUUCUCAACCUCUUGAUAACACAGACCCAAUGGGAAGCAGGGGCCUCACUAAUGCCUGUUGUCAUCCUGUUGAAUGGAGCGAUUGAUUUGGUCUUUGCCAAGGAAGAACUUGCAGAGUCCGGGGGCAUGGGCAAAAGGAAAAAUAACAAGGCGCCCCUGGACUCUGCAAAAGUUGAAGCAGUGCAAGACAUGACGACAUCGGAAGAUUUUAAACCAGGAAAACUGCUACAGAUGCCGUGGGACUACUAG